AUGCGGUGCUUAUCUCCGGACGGGAAAGAAGUAAUUAAUCUGUGGGGCGAUCAAGUCGCAGCGAAUGAAUGCUAUAUGCUGACACAGGUUGAGGGAAAGGAGGAAGAAGAAAUUGCGAAGCCCACCGAGGAGACCCUCGAAGCCGUGGAAGUUAUCUUUGGCGACCCUCAGAAGGUUACUUAUCUAGGCUCUUCUUCCACGUCCGAAGAAAAUGAGGCAUUAAUUGAUGUUAUCCGGAGCAAUGCAGAUGCCUUUGCAUGGGAUCACUCGGACACGGUAGGGAUCGAUCCCACAGUUUCCUGCCAUAGCCUGAAGGUGGAUCCGGAGUUCAAACCAGUCAAGCAGAAACACCGAAGGGUCAUGCCCUUCGGACUGAAAAAUGCUGGAGCUACUUAUCAACGCCUUGUCAACAAGAUAUUCGAUAAUCUGCUGGGAAAGACAGUUGAAGCAUAUAUAAAUGACAUGGUGGUUAAAAGUGUGAAGAAAGAAGAUCAUCUGAAGCAUCUUCAGGAAGUUUUCAAUACUUUGAAGAAGUACAACAUGAAGUUGAAUCCAUCCAAGUGCUUCUUCGCGGUAUUAUCAGGUCAAUUCCUCGGCCACAUAGUGAAUAAAAGAGGGAUAGAGGUAAGUCCGGCUCAGGCUAAGGCCCUCUUCCAGAAUCAAGAACUAAAAAAUCGCAGGGAGGUGCAAGUUCUUACUGGUCGGAUCGCAGCACUCAGCCGGUUUAUAUCCCGAUUGUCAGAUAAGUGCAAACCAUUCUUCGAUGCUAUACGAUCCAAGAAUAAAGAUAUAUGGGGACCUCAGCAGCAGGAGGCCCUUAGUCGGUUGAAAGGUUACAUGGCUAAACCACCGAUUCUAUCGGCUCCAAAACCUGGGGAGGUUCUUAUUAUGUAUUUGGCAGUUUCUAAUACAUCGACAAGUGCAUCAUUGAUUAGAAAGGAAGGAAAGAGGCAAUAUCCAGUCUUCUACACAAGUAAGACCAUGACAGAUGUGGAGACGCGAUAUAGUAAAGCAGAAAAAGUCAUCUUAGCUUUGAUCUACGCCAAGAAGAAGCUUCGGCAUUAUUUUGAAUUUCAUAGCAUUGUGAUACUCACCAACUAUCCUAUACAGGGUAUACUCUCUAAGCCUGAUUUAUCGGGGAGAAUUACCAAGUGGGCUAUCGAGCUUAGUUCCUUCGACAUAACUUAUGAGCCAAAGGUGUCGCAUAAAGGACAAGCCGUAGCGGACUUCCUUCUCGAGUAUGAAGAUACUCCCGAAGAGCUGGCACACCCUGAGCCACAAUGGGAGCUUCGAGUCGAUGGUUCCUCGAAUCAAGCAAGUGCAGGAGUAGGCAUUGUAAUAUCAACACCCGAAAGCACCAAGCUGCAGCAAUCUAUAUGUUUGAAGUUCCCAGCUACGAACAAUGAGGCCGAAUACGAGGCAUUACUUACUGGUCUUCGGUUGGCUAGCAGUCUCCAGGUACGUUGCUUAAAGGUUUUUAGUGACUCACAAAUUGUUAUAAAUCAAGUGACAGGUCAGUACCAUUCCAAAGAGGAAAGAAUGAAAGCAUAUAAAGAAGCUGUAGAGAACGUUGCACAGGGAUUCGAUCAGAUCGAAUUCUAUCAGGUACCUCGUGUUGAGAAUGCCGAAACAGAUCAAUUAGCCACAUCAGCAUCAUCUUCAAAUGAGGAUCUGAUUCGGAUUGUGCCGAUUAACGUUCUGGACGAGCCCAGCAUUAAUCCUCCGCAGAAAGUAAUGGUGGUUCUAGUUAUUCCUCGACAACCAUGCUGGAUUGAUCCAUUGGAAGCUUACCUCAAGCAUGGGGUUCUUCCAGACCAAAAGUCCGAAGCACGGAAGCUCCGUAUCACCGCAGCUAAAUACACCAUCAUUAACAAUCAGUUAUACCGAAAGUCAUUUUCAGGUCCUUACCUGAAAUGUUUAAGCCCUACUGAGGCUCUUGUGGUGUUGAGACAAAUCCAUGACGGAGAUUGUGGUAACCACUCUGGGGGCAGAUCCCUCGCGCAUAAAGUUCUGACUCAAGGUUACUUCUGGUCGUACUUGUCCCGGAAUACAGAAGAGUAUACACGGAGGUGUGACAAAUGUCAACGUCACGGUCCCAUGAAGCAUCAACCUGUCGAAGAUUUGCACGCAAUGGCAAAUCCAUGGCCAUUCGCACAAUGGGGGAUUGAUAUGGUGGGCCCGUUACCCAAGACUGUAGAACAAAAGGAGUACGUGCUACUAGAUACAGAUUAUUUCACUAAAUGGGUAGAAGCCGAGGCCUACUCAAGUGUGACCCAUGAGAAGGUAAAAAGUUUCCUUUAA